AGAACCUGCGCUACAACCAUCCUUCAAGACAAAUCGCCGACCAUUCAAACACUCAUCUCUGCGAAAGAGUAUCAACGUAGAUAAGACCGAAAAUGAUACCUCUACGGCUAAAAAGACUAAAGACGAGACGGAAGAUGACGAAGAUGGGGGCGCACCUCUACGGAUCCGACCGAUGGGGAGGCCAGGAUCUACAAAGAUAAAAAAGCGAGCAUCGAGUUCCCGCCUCUCUUUUGGUGGUCCCGGACAAGAAGCUUUAACGGACGAGGACUCUAUGGUACUAGGGGAGGAAGUCUCUACGCCAAAACGAUCCUCAACGCUUGCGCAUGCCGCAGUCGAGAAUAGCGCCUACAGGAGGGGAAUAAAGAACCUACCUCUCGGCCGACUACCGAUGCGCUCUACAGACACCGAUGAGGAUCGACCGCGCUAUAGCAAAGAGUACCUAUCCGAACUACAAAUGUCGACCCCAAACACCCCUCAGGAUCUCUCCAAACUCCAGCCCACAUCCGACGACGAGAUGAGCCUCGACCCGUCCGAGCUCGAAGGCGCCCUAAUCGUCGAAACCAUCACAUCCCAACCCGCCCCUUCCAAACCCACAUCCAUCCUAACCGAAGCCGAGAUCCAAGAGAAGAAAUCCCGCCGCGCUCGCUUAGCCAAAGAAGGCCAGAACCGGGACACGGACGAUUUCAUCUCACUCUCAGACGACGACAACGAUAGUCGGGGCCCCGGGGACUCAUACCUAACGCUGCUCUCCCAGCGACAAGACCGCAAGAACAAAGACUACACGCGUCUAAUAGCCGAAGACGAGGACCUAGGCGAAGGCUUCGACGAGUUCGUUGAGGACGGCGGGCUCUCGCUAGGCAAGCGAGCAGAGCGAGAAGCGCGCCGUAAACGGAGAGCGGAGAUGGCGUCGCUGAUCACAGCGGCAGAAGGUGGAUCGGACGACGAAUCCGACGACUCAGAAGCAGAGCGACGGGCCGCGUACGAGGCAGCGCAGACACGCGCAGGAAUGGACGGGCUAGCCGAUGAGCGCGAGCAGCAGCGGCGUAGACUCGGCGCCGCAGCUAUGCGGGCGCAGAGCGCGGCGAUACCGAAGAUUACGCCGUUACCGGAUCUAAGCGUUUUAGUGGAAGAGUUCAAAGCUAAGGUGCGGAGGAAGGAGGAGGAGAUGGAAAGGAUCAGGGUUAGGAUCGAGGAGAUUAAGAGUGAGAGGGACGGGAUUGAGAAAAGGGAGCCGGAGGUACAGAGGUUGCUUAAUGAGGCAGGGGAGCGGUAUCGGGUUUUGAUGGCUGGUGGUAUUGAGACUGAGACUGUCAAUAGCGAUGGCGAGAAUGAGAGUGGUAGCAACGGGAAUGGGAAUAGAGUCGUUGGGGCAAGCGCGGAAGAUAACGUGGCGGCUGCGAGAGCGCUUCUUGACCAAGCUAGAGGUGGGAUUCAUUCGCCUGGGCAGAGGGGAUUAGAAAGUCUAGGAACGACGCCGGUGAGGCAACGAUCGGACAUGGAAAUGGAAAUGUGAUACUACUUGAUAUUGAUACCCCAUACUACAUAUACAG